UUCGGCGUUAAUACCAAAAAGCGACUUGGAGCGGCAGAAGCAGCGGCCAGAGGAGGCCAUGCACUACCAAGUAAUCAUUUACCCCUCAUCGUGUUCGGACGUUCAGAGAAAAAGCUGAGCGUUUCUUUACUUUCCGCCCAAACGAAUUUUGAGUUGCGCGCGCGCCAAUAAAUUUUGCAGAAAUUGAAAUUGAAAUUGAUUUCCAUUAAUUUGGAUUGGAAAAAUUCGAACGAGUGUCAAAAACCGUUUCAAUUGUUGAGCGCGAAAGUGUGCUUGUGUGUGAGAGUGUGAGUUGGCGGAUGUGAGUGCGUGAAAAAAUGCAACAAUAAAUAUUAAACACAAAAAAAAAUAAAUAAUAAUAAUAAAAUAGUUGAAGAGGAAACCAUCAACAAUGCCAAUUUAAACGAGAGCUAAGCGCUUAGACCAAACAAACCCAAAAGGAAAUAGGCGCAUUUGGCGAAAAAGAAAAAUAAUAAUAAAUAGGCAUAGCGAAUAAAUUAAAGAAAAAUAUUGCAAAUUCCUGUUUGUACAAAAUACAACAGCAACAAAUAUGCAGCAAACAGCGGAUCUUGAGUUUGAUUUCCAGAUGCCGUGUCGCUAUUUCAAAAGUUCUUUUGCGCGUUCGCUUUCGCUGAACAACAACAAUGGGAACGGGAACGGCAACAGCAAUUCCUUGACAUUGCCCAAGAAACCGCAGACAAACGAGGCCAAACAGCAACAGCAACAACAACAAGAUGUACAGAAUAAGGAGACACCACUAGAGGGGGGCUGCGAAUUGGAGUCUCCCUGCGCGACGCCGCCACCAGCUCUGCCGGCGCGACGUCACACGGCCAACGUACACAUACACUUUGGCGCAGCAGUAGCAGCAGCAUCUAAUCAGCUGCUGCCACAUUCUCCACACACCCCACAGCAGCACCACCAGCAGCAGCAACCACCGCAGCAGCAAUCUGGCAGGAAUCUCAACCUCGUCUGGCCGUUGCAGCAGCCACAUCAGCCGCAGCAGGAUUCCAACAACAUCAUGGCCGCACCCAGCCAAAGCCACAGCCACAGCCACCACAUCUAUGACUUGCCACAGCAAUUGCAGCAGCAACAACAUCUACAAUUGCAACAACAACAACAGCAACAGCAUCAACAUCAGCAGCAACUAAAUGUCGAGGCUGUCAUAUUGCAGAAUCAGGUGGAUACAUUGCAUUGGCAAUUGAAACAGACGGAAACCAAUUGUGAGAUGUACCGGGCAGUAAUGGAGGAAGUGGCUCGAUUCUUCGAACGCUACCAGCAGCUCCAGCAACUCCAGGCCACCCACCGGAAUGGCGAGCAAAUCUCCCGCUCCAAGAGCCUCCACCAUGUCCACGGCGUGGGAAACACCUCGCUGCAGAGUGAUGGUCGAGAUGAUGAUGCCGCGAGUGCCGGAUCCGCCUCGUAUCUUCGAGCCCGGAGCAGUACUAACUUGAUGUUGAAUAAAUCAAUGCAUGCCAUGAACGAAGAGCAUAAUUAUGAGACUAUUGCGCCGGCUGGGAGUUAUAAUGCAUUUAAGGAUUUUACAUGGCGCCGCUCACCGAAGAAAUCCGGAGGCACUGGAGGUUGCAAGGCGCGACUUUCCACCCCCGAGGCUGCCGAGGAGAAGCUCAACCAGGAGGCCUUCCGACUUGCCCGCACCAUUCGGAAUCUGCUCCACACCUCGCAACAGCAGCCGGAUCUCACCCAGCCCCGGCACUCCAUUGCAUCGCUGCCGGGAGGCAACCACCGACUGUGCAAGGGCAAGACCAGUUCGGUGAUGACACUGUGCACCCCACCGCUGCACAACUCCACCAGCAUCAUGAACGGCACCAUGGAGGCUUCCUCGCCAGUCGCCAAAUCGAAUGCAGAGCUCAUCUUUCUGCGAGCCAACAAUAUGCGGGACUCGAGGCUCUCGCUGCGCAGCUCCACCGACAGUUCCGUGCAUUCCACCAUCUCCUCGACAGCGUCCUCCUCCUCCAAGGUGGAAACCGACGAGGAAACCCAGAGCAGCAGCAACAGCAGCGGCAACAGCAACAGCAACACCACAACCACCGCCAACAAUAUAGCCAUUAGCAGCAACAAACCCACCAGCAACAGCAAGCAGAGCGGCUCCAGCACGGAAGACGAAAGUGGAUUCAGUUCGAUUAGUUCCUUUCACGACGUGGGCCUGCCCCUGAGCUCCACCCUGAUGAACGGCAGUCAGCGGCGUCUCUCCAUGUCGCCGGACAGUCGCAACUCGACGCUAAAAUCGGCCCUGAACGGAGUGGGGCUGCCCACCCUCCAAUCCCAGACCCAGAUUCAGGUCCAGGCACAGAUUUCGCCCAGCCAGUCGCCCUCGAAGACGUAUCGGAAUGCGAAUCGCUACCAGCGCUUCUCCACCUUAUCCAAUGAAGACGCAGCCGCCGUAUUGUGGGUCUAGAGAUUAGAGAUUUCUUUAAAAAAUAUAUAGGAACUGUUUUGAGAAAAUAAUUGCUCAAUUUUUGGAAUUGAAAUUUAAGUUUUGAAACAGACCGGCCCCCCUGCCUUUAUUUUAGUUUCUUGUAAGCAGCCCCCCAAAUAGCAUUUUAGUUUUGUUUUUUUCUCUAGUGCCUCCGCUUAGAAUUUAGUUAACAACACUUUUUUAAUUUGUAUGUUAUCGUUUAAUUUUUUUAAGUACCAAUCAAGCAUUUAACAAUAUGUACAUUUAAUGGCCUUAAGUUUACCAGUAUUUAUGAAUAAAAAUUAAUUUAUGAUGAUA